AUGACUUGUAGUGCGUUUACAUUUGAUCAAAACUCAUUUUUGAUUUUAUCUCAUCAAAUUGAAGUACAAAUUCAUAGUGUUGGUUUUAAUUUUCGAGAUAUUUUAAAAACACGUGUACAAAUUACUAAUCUUGGUUCAAAUGAAAAUCAAUCUUUUACAAUUGGAGAUCGUAUUUUUGGUAAAACAAUCAAAACUGAUACAUGUAAAUCAUAUAUUGUCGUAGAUCAAUAUGUCAUUGUUCAAGCACCAGAAAAUCUCACGAUGAAACAAUUAUGUACGAUUCUUGCGAACUUUUUAACAGCUAUUUAUGCUCUAUAUGAACAUGUUAAUUUAAAAUCUGAACAAACAGUAUUAAUUCAUACAGCAACAGAGGAAAAAAGAAAAUUUCUACGUGAUGUUUAUCAAAUUGAAUACGUAUAA